UCAAGACCACAUCAAACCUGCAAAUUUUUUGCAUCUUGUUCAAGCAGUAAAACUUUUAGCUGGCCAUGACAGUGAAACCAAUUCAUUUAAGAGCCCAAGUCUUGCCCUCAAAAUUGGACAUAGCUUGACAAAGAUUUCAAUGCUUGUUGAAAGCCGUGCACAUGUACAGACCAACUACAAUGCAGCAAAAGAGGCUCGUACAUUCCGCAGAGUGUAUGAAAGUAGAUGGAAUGAAAUGAUAUCAUCUGCAUCACUGAGAACACUUCAGGAAUCUAAGUGGAAUGCCCCUCUGUUGCUUCCAUUCACAAAAGACGUCCAGACUCUCCAUUCUUAUUUAGAUGUGCAGCAACAAGAUAUUCACAGUAAGCUGUCCACAGAGACAUCCCCCCAGACAUGGUCACAGCUGGCAAAGAUCACGAUGACACAAGUGAUUUUGUUCAAUCGACGAAGAGCAGGGGAGGUGUCAAAAAUGCCUCUCUCUGCUUAUUUGAGUGAGGAUUCAUCUGACCCACAUGAAGAUGUAAAUGAAGCCCUCUCAGACCUAGAAAAGAAACUCUGUCAACAUUUCCGGAGGAUAGAGAUAAGAGGAAAAAGGGGAAGAAAGGUACCUGUGCUUUUGACCCCAGCAAUGCAACAAGCUUUGGAUCUGCUGGUCAGCAAACGGCAGGAAUGUGGGGUUCCUCAGGAGAACAUUUACUUGUUUGCAAGACCCUCCGCUUUUACCUGCUACCGUGGGUCUGAUUGCCUUCGACACUUCGCCAAAGUCUGUGGUGCAAAAAGUCCAGAAAGCCUCACCUCUACAAAACUGCGCAAACAAACAGGAACUCUGUCUCAAGUUCUCAACCUCAGUAAUACAGAACUGGAUCAGUUAGCUGAUUUUCUCGGCCAUGACAUUAGAGUGCAUCGGCAGUUCUACAGACUUCCUGAGGGCACCCUCCAACUUGCUAAAAUUAGCAAAGUUCUCAUGGCUCUGGACCAAGGACGCCUGGCAGAAUUCAAGGGCAAGACCCUGGAUGAAAUCAACAUUGAUCCUGAGGAGAAUGUGCAGAUGGACAGUGACACUGAGGUGGCGUGUGAGUCAGAUUCACAAGAGAGUCGGGUCACAUCCAGUCAGAGGGAAGAGAAAGACCCUGCAAUGCCAGAUGUGGGUCAUAGCAAUGCAGCACCAGAGCAGGGCCCUCUGACACCUCAACAAGCUUCUCACUGCCAGUCACCAAAAAGGGGAAGAGGUCGCCAACCUUUAAAGAGAAAAAAGUGGGAGACAGAGGAGAUCCGUGCUGUGGAAAAACACUUGAUGUACUUCAUCACUUCAUGCCGUGUUCCAGGGAAAAGUGACUGUGAUAAGUGCCUUCAAAUGGAAAAAACUGCACUGAAGGACCGAAAUUGGUUGGGCAUAAAAUUCUAUGUCAAGAAUCGAAUCACAACUCUCAAAAACAAAGUUUAAUUGUUAUUUGAUGUCUGUUGACACCUGUUUUACAUGUCACAUGUUAAAUCAUAAUCUCCCUUUAUCUCAGUUUAUCUAAUCUGAUGUCAUAAUUUCUUGCCUAUAGUCUCGUAUUUCAUUUUCUAUAAUCUUUAAUCAUUUAAAUCUUAUUGUUUUCAUAUU